AUGCACAGGCGACACUCCGGUGGCCUACUACGGUCUUGGAAAAGACCCCUCUUUCAGAACAGCCCCCGCUUUAAGGUUGAAUCCUAUGUUUUGCCUAGGCUGAGAUCCUACAGCAUCGCUUUAAUUGGACUUGGGUACAGAGGAUACAGAAGCCAUUUCAAGAGUCUCUUCACUGACCCUUCUAACUCAAUCGUGGCCGUUUGCGACACCGACCGUGGUGUUCUAGAUACUUUCUCUAACAACCACCCCGAUGUGCCUGCAUAUCUUUCUCUCGCUCAACUUCUCCGAGAACAUGCACCUGAUUUCGCCAUUUUGUCCGUUCCACAUGGGUUCCAUAUGGACUGUGUUAUGGCCUUGUCCGACAAAGGGGUCCCGAUUCUGAAAGAAAAACCAGUGACCGAGUGCAUGGAUGAGUUCAGAAGCAUGAGCGCCUUGCCUGUGAAAAUAGGUGUCACUUUCCAGAAACGAUUUGAGCCACAAUUUAUACAUCUGAAGAACCUACUUCCACUAGUGGGCGACGUCGCUACGGUCCAAGCGAGUCUUACGUUGAAUAUCGAAAAGCUAGAUGCUACUUGGCGAGCAUCCUCCGGUGUUGGAACAGCAGAAGACCUUGGAUGUCACAUGCUUGAUAUUGUGACAUGGAUGUUUGGUGCACCAUCUUCGGUGAUGACGUACGGUGUUUCGCCCAUUCGACCCUGUCAAGUAUAUGGCGGCGACGACAUAUCAGACGUUAUCAUGGACUGGGAAGGUAUCAACCGUACAGGCCAUGUUCACAUGUCGCGCGUUGCAUAUGAUUUUUCACAAUCCAUCACUGUCACUGGAUCAAACGGCUACCUGAUUCUCGACGGAUCCAACAUCGUUCAUCGGGAUUCCCGAGGACACGAAACACUGAGAGUCGUCCAUAACCCCGUGGAGAAAGAUGUGAUACGCUCAAUGGUGCAGGAAUUUGGUGACUGGGUUACCGGGAAAAGACCAGACUUUCUGAGCUCUCUAGAGAGCCUAACAGAAACUGUUUCAGUUAUGGAUGCCGUCAAGUCUUCUCUAUCCGGUCGAAAGAUUCAGCGCCCUCUCAGACCAAGUACAACAAUGACGCCGUGUCUUACUACAAACAACUCCUUCGCCAAGUUAGCCAUAAACGCAAAUAGUGCAAAAUACUCGACGCAAGCUUAUUUCCCAUUCCAACAAAGAACCUUUCAACUCAAAUCGGGGGCAAAGAUUCCUGCUGUUGGUCUAGGAACCCGCAGAGCUCAAAGGCCGGGCGAAAUAUAUCAAGCUGUUCAAGUGGCAUUACAAGCAGGAUACCGCUCAAUCGACACCGCUCAAUCCUCAGGAAACGAAGAUGAGAUUGGGAAAGCGAUAUUUGAUUCAGGUAUUCCGCGGGAGGAGAUUUGGAUCACUACAAAGCUCGACAACCAGUGGCAUAACCGCGUUGAUCGGGCCAUCGAGGCAUCGCUCAAGGCACUCAAAGUCGAUUAUGUGGACCUUUACCUGAUGCAUUGGCCUAUAUCCACGGAUCCAGAUGAUCUGACAAAACAGCUUCCGAACUGGAGCUUUGUUGACACAUGGCAACAGAUGCAACUCAUUUCGAAAGCAAAGGUUCGAAAUGUCGGUGUCUCGAAUUUUGGUGUCAAGCAUCUAGAGACCUUGCUCUAUGAUGAGACAUGCCAUGUUACCCCUGCUGUCAAUCAAAUUGAGCUUCAUCCUUACUGGAAAUCACGAAAUUUACUUGAAUACUGCCACAGCCACGGUAUUCACUGCACGGCAUACUCCUGUCUAGGGUCCAGCGAGUCUGCCUUGCCUGCAGAUCCAACUCUCCUAGACAUUGCCCGAGCCAGACAAAAAACGCCACAGCAGAUCUUCGGUAUUGUCACCGGAAAUCUCGCGUCCUGGUUUACGAGAUGGAUGCAAGUACAAGACUUCGAAACCUCACGCAGUCUGGUGUACUGGGAAAUCGCAGAAGUACCACAGAAUAAAUCGGGAGGGUUCAUUGUUGCUGGCAUUAUCUCAUUUGUAUUCACUGGGUUCCUUAUUGUGAUGACGAUACUUGCGAAUGACUGGUACGGGUUUGCCAAUGCUGUGGCACUCGCCGUUUUGACUGGCGUUCGAUCAUACCUGUUGCAGGCCAACCGCAAUGCGAUUGAUAGAGCAGUAGAAGCGGCAAAGCCCCUUCGUACGACAUUUGUUGGCGCCAUGAAUGAGUGGAGAGAAAAGAUGAAAACAGACGGCGAUGCGAUUCAACCUCAACAGGACUCGAAAUGGCGACCGGAGGUUGUCAAAAUCCUAGUUGCCAUGCCGGACUCCCGAAUCGUGACGAUGUUCAUACCAGAGCAUCUUCUCCGGCCAAUAUUUGUCACAGAUGUUUCGCCAUCUUCACGGUGGCGCUAUCGCCUGGUACAGUGGGUGGGAUGGGUGGCAUUUUCGGUACACAUUGUCACACUAGGCAUGGCUCAGCUUGCAGCGCAAUUAUAUGUCGUUGUGGUUAUGGUCACAUCGACCGUGCUCAUUUGUUACGGAGUCGGCUGUGAUGAUUCAAGGAUUUAUAAGUGGUGGUGCGAGAAAUCAGAGGGUAGCUCGCCUCCAUAUCCUGUUUGGGCGGGGAAAAGAUUGAAGGCGACUGUAUUUGAAUGGCCUCAUCAUUUCGAAUUCAUCAGAUCGAAGGAUGGAAGCUGGUCCAGGAGACUUUCCACAGAUAUUAUAAAUCGAAAACAGAGAUCGACUGCGCGUCAGGACCUCUAUGCUUGGCUAGAUUUGAGUCCUGAGGAGAUGGGGAGUCUUUCUGAUUGGCAUUUACUUCCGCAUCGGCGGGAUCAUGACGAUUCAUGGUGGAUGGACUUUGAUGCGAAGAGACUGUUAGUUCAAGAAAACCCAUUGAAGAUAACCGAUCUCAGCGAGAGAAUCAAUGAACGCUUCGAAAAUGGAGUGAAGAAAGCGGCGGACGCCUCUCAUUAUCGUCCUCCCGAGGAUAUCGAACGGGGUCGUGACGAGGAUUCUACCAGCACCUGA